AGAUCACCUUCUUCAUGCUGCUUUCUGCGGUGUGCGUGAUGCUCAACCUGGCGGGCUCCAUCCUCUCCUGCCAGAACGCCCAGCUCGUCAGCUCCCUAGAAGGCUGCCAGUUGAUCAAGUUCGACAGCGUGGAGGUGUGUGUAUGCUGUGAGCUGCAGCACCACUCGUCCGGAUGCAGCAACCUCGGGGAGACACUGAAGCUGAACCCACUGCAGGAAAACUGUAAUGCUGUGAGGCUGACCUUGAAGGACCUCCUCUUCAGCGUGUGUGCCCUCAAUGUCCUCUCCACCAUCGUGUGUGCGUUGGCCACAGCCAUGUGCUGUAUGCAGAUGGUUUCUGCUGAUGUCCUACAGAUGUUCUUCCCACAGAGGUCUCACUCUGCCAAUGGCGCCUGCAUGACUCCUCACGGGACCAUCCUCCACCAGACCCUGGACUUUGAUGAAUUCAUUGCCCCCCUCCCGCCUCCACCCUACUACCCUCCAGAAUACACCUGUACACCCACAGCGGAGGCCCACAGGGGCCUCCACCUGGACUUCGCUUCCUCUCCAUUCAGUACCCUGUACGAUGUCGCCAUCAACAGCCCUGGCAUGUUGUACCCAGCUGAACUGCCCCCACCAUAUGAGGCCGUGGUGGGUCAGACCCCUGCCAGCCAGGUUGCAAGUGUCGAUCACCAGGUGGCUGACUCCAGUUCUGGGGACCCAAACACUGCUGCGGACUUCAGCACACCAGUGCCCGCCAGCAGCACAAGUCUCCCAACAUCAGAGGGUGCUACCUCACUGGGUCCAAGCCACCCAUCUCCUGAUGGCACUUUAGACACCCCACCACCCCUCCUGCCUGCUCCAGUCUCUCACCACAUGUCUCCAGAGGCAACAAGCUUGAGCACCACACAGGCACAACCAAGCCCAGGGCGUGUGGCCCGCUCAGCCAGUGACCCCACCUCCUGCACGUCCAGUAAAGCAGUCUCCUCAUCAUGUCCAACUGUGGCUGCCUGUCAGCACCAGCUCUCAUCCACUGGCGACCCAGAUACCUGGAAAACGGACCAAGGGACCAAGCCAGAGACCUUACAGACCGUCUCUAAAGAGCGGCCGCACUCCUUAGUGGAGAGCAGGGCCUAUGCAGACACCAGGGUUUUGGUGGCUAAGUUCUUGGAACACUCACACUGCAGCCACCCGUCGGAGGUGCGACAUGUGGUGGGCACCAUCCGCUCAGCGGUCACCUCAGAGGAGCCCAGGGCAGAAGAGGCCAUCUUUGGUGCUGGCGUCCUGGACCAGCUAUGAAGCAGCUAUAGGCCUGGAUGUGGACACGGUUGGGCCCAGUACCUGCAAGGUCCAGUCCUGCAGGAUGCCACCAUACUUGAUAG